AUGGUGUCACCCCCAUGGGCCGGAGCAUCAAGCGAUGAACAGUACUUUGUUCUCCUGACAGGCGCCAACAGUGGUGUCGGACUCGGCAUCGGCCAGCGAACCAUCGACCAAUUCCUCGCUUCUCGUCCUCUGUCCGCACACCUGAUCCUCAUACCGACGACCCGUUCAGCCAGGAAGUCCCGCGAGACCAUCCUGUCCCUGCGCGCGCACCUAGAGACGUCGGCACGUAGCUCGAAGCAGCUCCAAGCUCGGGCUGGGCCUAACUACGAUCCGCAGACAGCAAUCUUGCGAGUCCACAUUCUGAGCCUACAGGUCGACCUCUGUGACCUCAAUUCCAUAUAUGCUGCCGCAGAUCAGUUGGUCAAUGGCAAGCUUACCGACCCGACGGGCCUGAUCGACGAUGUGAGAAUACCUCGGAUAGACGCCGCCCUUCUAAACGCAGGCAUUGGGGGAUGGGAAGGGUUAAACUGGGUAUUGGUCGCAAAACAGUUCUUCAGCCAGGGGCUGCUCCAAACCACGACGUUCCCUAUUUUCAAGAGGCCGCUGCCGUCUGCGGUCGUGCUGGACAACCAAAAGCUGCUUGGGGUCAAGAAUGGGAAAUCGGAAUCAGAGCCUCCUGAGAUAGCAGAGGUGUUUUGUGCCAACGUCUUUGGACAUUAUAUCCUGUCACACGAGCUACUGCCGCUGCUAAGCCGUUCGAAUACCAGCGAAGCUCCAGGUCGCGUGGUGUGGCAUAGCAGCAUAGACGCUGGCGACGAGCACCUCGAUUUCGACGACUUCCAAGCCCGACGGUACCAGCCACCCUACGAGAGCAGCAAGCGUAUCACGGACCUACUUUCGCUGACAGUGGACCUGCCACACGUUCGCCAGACAUCCGCGCCCUACUUCUCGUCGCCCACUACAUCAGACAAACCCGUGAAGCCGCGCUUCUAUCUUGCGCACCCGGGCAUCGUCUGCACGCCCAUCUUCCCGCUUAACUGGUUCCUCUUCUUCGCCUACUGGUGUGCCAUGUGCCUGUCGCGCUGGUGUGGCUCGCCCUGGCACGUCGUCGAAUCCUACAUGGGCGCCUGCGCGAUGACUUGGCUCGCGCUCGCGGAGCAGGACGACCUUGACGCCGCCGGCGCGCAACAUGUCAAAUGGGGCUCGAGCUGCACACGAUCGGGCCACAGAUCCGCGCCCAAGAAGACCGAGGUCGAGGGCUGGGCGUGGGAAGGCCGCAUCGAGGAUCCAGAGGCGCUGAGGCGCGAGGACGAGGCCGUGCCUGAUACAGAUGCGUUCUUGCGGAAGACGAGGGGCCGCAAGUUGGGUGCUGCUACGCUGACGCAGGAGCAGAGAAUUGCGUUUGAGGAGGAUGGCCGCCGGUGCUGGGAGGAGCUUGAGAGGCUGCGGGGCGCGUGGGAGACUGCGCUCGGUAAGGGUGGUCGAGGCAAUGCCAAGGUAUAA